AAUAACAUUAACCUGCAGUAACCAAAUAAUAAUUUGUAUGUUUAUUGCAAUGAGUUUCUAAAAAAAACAGUAUGAACGACGUGCAGAACAUAAUAGAUCGUCAGCUUGGCAUAUUUUGCCGUUUCAACUACGAUAAUAUACUUAAGCGCCUGGUUGUGAACUACGAGGAGUCGUUUUACGGUGCGUUGAGUGCGGAACAAGACCCACCUAUUUUCGCAUGCCGAUUCGCAGAAGCCGGCGGUUACGAACACAUUCUUGCUCUUGCUAAUGAAGAUGGGAGAGUUGUUAUUCAGGACACGUCGAGCACGCGGGCGGCGAGCUGCCUGGACGGCUUUCAGUGCCACAACAACGCCGUCUUCGACCUCGCCUGGGCGCCCUCGCACAUGAGCUUCGUCACCGUGUCCGGAGAUCACACAGCAAGCCUUUGGGAUCUAGCGGAAGGAGCACCGAAAAGAGUCCUAGUUUUUUCGAAUCACACGAGAUCUGUCAAAACUGCAGUUUUCCCUCCGGGAACCCCUUCAGUGUUCGCCACCGGCGCCAGAGACGGUCAUAUAUUGUUAUGGGACAUUCGCACCAACAAUCAACCCAACGUCAUACUGAAACCGGACAACUGUCUCAUGAACUGUCAUUCCAGUUUCACUCCUAAGACUCCCGGCUCCCACGGGAAACGAAACCGGCUGGACACGAACCGCGCCAUCAGCAUCACCGGUCUCGUCUUCCAGGACGACCUCACGCUGCUCUCCUGCGGAGAGUGCGACGGCAACAUCAAGGUGUGGGACCUCCGCAAGAACUACAACAUCUACAAGAGGGAGCCGCUGCCCAAGCACUCCAUACCUUACUGCGGCAACUCCGCCAAGAACGGAUACACCAACCUGGUGAUCGACGAGUCCCGCGUGCGGCUCUACGCCAGCUGCAUGGACAACGUCAUCUACUGCUUCAACGUGGCCACCUACAGCGCAGUGCCCGAGCAGCGCUACAGCGGCCACGAGAACGGCACCUUCUACAUCAAGGCCGGCCUCAGCCCCGACGGCCUCUAUCUCGUCAGCGGCAGCAGCGACACGCACGCCUACAUCUGGAACGUCAAGUGCUCCGAGCCCGUCGUCAAGUUGGCCGGACAUCGCGCCGAGGUCACCUGCGCCGCCUGGUGCCAGCGCGGCGACACCAAGAUCGUCACCUGCAGCGACGACGCCCGCCACAAGAUCUGGCGCAUCGGCCCCGAGUUCCUCCCCGAGUUCCCCCCCGACCGCCCCGACCUCGGGGGUCGCGCGGAGCUCGUCCCCCGCACCGACCUCGCCACGCUGCCCAAGUGGGGGCCCGGAGACCGCACGCCCAGCUCCCUCAAACGGAAACACGUCGCCACGCCCGGCUCCUCCUCCUCCGCCGCCAAGCGCCCCCACAGGCCGCCCGCCGACCUCCCCAGGAGGACCAAGAGGUGUCUCACCGAUCUCAUGAACGGCUCCAAACGCUCCGAAACCGACGAGGCCGAGGUGCUAGUGAAGCGGCUGAGGCUGGACGCCUCCGCGCGGCCGGACGCCGGGGAUCGGGAGUCGUCCCCGACCCCCCGCGCCGGGGACCCUCUCGAGCCCCACUGGAGCUACCUGCCCCCCGCGCCAGGAACCUCGUUCAUGACUCCGACGAAGAAUUACCAAGCGAAGCGGAGCCGUGUGCCGAGUCCCGAGAUGUCGGACACGCACGAGUGUACGUCUCCGCCGCGGCGCUUCGCCGAGCGCACGUCGCCGGCCAAGCUGAGGAUCAUAACGUUCACGACGCCCACCAAGAACUUGCCGGACUUCGUCGCGAGCGGCGAGGCGCCGCAUCUGCGUCUCAUGUCACCCGCCAAGAAGAGGCGCGUCACCACAGACUGGCUCACGCGCAUCGCACGCGAGAAGCGGGGCCGAGCGGACCCGCCCGACGCGCCCCCCGCACCCCCCGCCGGCGACUCCGCGCCCCCCGCAGCACCCACCGCACCCCCCGCGCCCGCCCGCAGGAACUCCAACGCCGACAAAACCCCCAAGACAAAGUCGGGCGGCGCCAGGACAUUGUUUACAUAUUUCAAUGUUGACAACGCGCUCAGAAAUGUCAAAAGUGGCUCCAAACAAAGCUCGUAAAUACAUGUCGUAGUGAGAGAUAGAGAGUGAGAGUGAGAGAUAGAGAGUGAGAGAGAGAGAGAGAGAGAGAGAGACUCGCCCGCAAUCAAACAUCACCGCGACUGCUGCAGACUUGCAUUUAUCUAAUUAAGAUAAAUUAAUUACUAUUGUGAUUGGACUGAAUUAGUGUUUUAAGAGAAAUAGUUUCUAAUUUAUAUUAGCACAAGAGAGGAGAAGAAUUUCAUUUUAGAAGUUGCGAGGCCGAGGCCGAGGCCGAGGUGGUAUCACACCGAGUGUCAAUUUUUUGAAGAACCAUUAUUGUGUUCACAAAUUACAAUGAUUGUGUUUCAGAAUCAUGUAUCUUUCAGUUGCAAUGAAUUUACUA